AUGGCCUCUGCUAAGUCCCACCCCCCGCCUCAGCUGCCCCCACUAUUCACCGCAACGCCGAUUUCCAUCCUUGAAUCUAUCAACGGACUUAUUGAGGCUUCAAAGCAAUCCCACAAGCACCUCGUCAACACUACAUCGCCCUCCUCCGCAACUUUUGCCAACACCCUACUGCCCCUCGCUCAUGCCGAAAAUGCCCUGUCUUCAGAAGCAAACCUGCUGAUAUUCCUCAGAGAUGUGUCUCCCGACAAAGAAGUUCGCGAUGCUGCGGCCCAAGCACGGACAAUCCUUCGGGAUUACCAAUUGGAGGCAUCAAUGAAUGAGGACGUCUUCAAGCUCGUCGAUGCUGUCUUCGUUAGCACAGACCAGGAAUCCCUCGACCCGGAGUCUCGCAACUUCUUGAACAAAAAACACAAAGAAUUUGUCAAGAACGGCCUUCGGAUCCCAGCUGGUAAUCAACGUGAGCGUUUUAAGGAGAUUCGUAGUCGCAUCGAAGCUCUCACAUCCAAGUACUCGAAGAAUCUUGCUGAAGAUAAGACAGCAAUCUAUGUUGCCCCCGAUGAGCUUGAAGGCUUCCCGGAAGACACCCUGUCUGAACUUGAAAAGGGACAGACGGGCACCGAAAACGAGGGGAAGCUCAAGAUUGAAAUACCCAUGGACCUGAGCUCCGUUCUCAGAAUGGUGAAGAACCCGACUACUCGUCAGAAGGCAAGACUGGCAUACGACAGUCGCUGUCCAGAGAAUGUUGCCAUCUUCAAGGAAGUCGUGCAACUCCGUCACGAAGCAGCACUUUUGCUGGGUUACCCGAACCAUGCGGCGCUGAGCGUGGAGGACAAGAUGGCAGAAACACCGGAUAGAGUGAACUCCUUCUUGAGCUCUCUCCGCUCGAAGUUGACUGAGGCUGCGAAUAAGGACGUUGAGACCCUACUCCGACUUAAGAAGGCCGAUGUCGAGGCGAGAGGUGAAGGGUUUGAUGGGCACUACUUCACUUGGGACAAUCCAUACUACGACAACAUGCUCUUACAACAAGAUUAUGCAGUGGAUCAGGCCAAGAUCUCUCAGUAUUUCCCACUACAGUCGAGUGUGAAUGUGAUGCUGGGGAUCUUCGAGCAGCUGUUCGGUAUGGUGUUUCAUGAGAUAUUGGACAAGGAGAGAGCUUCACUUUCUUCCAGUGGGAAAGGAGAUGAUCUAGUCUGGCACUCCGACGUACAGAUUUUCUCCGUCUGGGACAAAGAUGAAGAAGGCGCUGGGUUCCUAGGAUACCUCUAUUUGGACCUCUACAGCCGGGAGGGGAAGUAUUCAAACCCAUCCAACUUCAACGUCGUACCUGGGUAUUGCGAAGAGGAUGAAACCAAACACUACCCAUCUACAGCCCUGGUCUGCGACUUCCAACGCCCAAGCGCGUCAAAGCCCACUCUGCUCCGCCAUCCAGACGUUGUUAUUCUCUUCCACGAGCUAGGUCACGGCAUUCACGACCUCGUUUCCCGCACGAAAUUCGCACGUUUCCACGGGCCAAUGGGUACAGUUGUUGACUUUGGCGAGGCGCCGAGCCAAGUCCUCGAGAACUGGUGCUGGACACCCGAGCAAAUCAUCUCCCUUAGUAACCACUACUCAUAUUUAUCUGACGAGUACUUCAGUAACUGGAAGUCGAAGACAGGGAAGACCGAAGAUAUGUUGCAGCCACCGAAAAGUUUGCCUCGAGAAAUGGUUCAGAGUCUCCUGAAGGCGAAGCAUGCGAACACGGCUCUGGACACUUUGCAUCAGCUCUUCAUCGGAACUUUCGAUAUGGCUGUCCAUCAUCUUGACGAUCGCGAUGAGAAUCAAACUUUCACAGCGUUGUGGAAUCGCCUUCGACGGGAGAUCGUCCCGACCGAGGACCUUUCCGCCUUGGGUGCCGGCGAUGAGUGGGGGCAUGGAUACACCAACAUCGGCCACUUGAUGAACGAGUAUGACGCUGGGUUCUACAGCUACCUGUUCUCAAAAGUUUAUGCGCAAGACAUCUUCUCGACCGUGUUCAAAAGCGAUCCCAUGAGUGUGGAAGCGGGUCGAAAGUAUCGAUACGGGGUGUUAGAGAAGGGUGGCAGCCAGCCGGAGAUGACUACUUUGCAAGAGUUUCUUGGUAGGGAGGCGAAGAUGGAGGCCUUCUACGAAGACUUGGGUCUUGAAUUGUGA